UUUACGCCGCUUGUCCACGCCGCUCCGCUGGGUUAAAGUCAUGGCACUGAAACAGGUUUCCAGCAACAGAUGCUUUGAGGGUUUCCAGAAAGUGUUUGAACAUGACAGCACAGAGCUGAAAUGCAAAAUGAAAUUCGGAAUCUACUUGCCUCCAAAAGCAGAAACUGGAAAGUGUCCUGUACUCUACUGGCUCUCGGGGUUAACUUGCACAGAACAGAAUUUUAUAACAAAAGCUGGUUUUCAUCAAGCUGCGGCUGAACAUGGCCUUAUCGUAGUCGCGCCGGACACAAGCCCACGUGGCUGCAAUAUUGAAGGAGAAGAUGAAAGCUGGGAUUUUGGCACCGGUGCUGGUUUUUAUGUGGAUGCCACUGAAGAUCCUUGGAAAACAAACUAUAGGAUGUAUUCCUACAUAAAGGAUGAGCUGCCUAAACUAAUAAAUGCCAAUUUUCCAACUGACCCUGAACGGAUGUCGAUUUUUGGACAUUCCAUGGGAGGUCAUGGAGCUCUUAUUCUUACUCUGAAGAAUCCUGGAAAGUACAAAUCUGUAUCAGCCUUUGCUCCCAUCUGCAAUCCCAUUCAGUGUCAGUGGGGGAAGAAAGCCUUUGGUGGGUACCUGGGGUCAGAUGUAAGCAAAUGGGAGGCAUAUGAUGCUACACAACUUGUAAAGUCCUAUCCAGACUCUCACUUGGACAUCUUGAUUGAUCAAGGCAAAGAUGACCAGUUCCUAUCAGCAGGCCAGUUACUGCCUGAUAACUUUAUUGCAGCCUGUACAGAGCGGAAAAUCCCAGUUGUCUUUAGAUUGCAGCAGGGUUAUGAUCACAGCUAUUUCUUCAUUGCAACGUUUAUUAAUGACCACAUCAAACACCAUGCAAAAUACCUCAAUGCUUGAAGCGUUUGGAUGUGAGCAUUGUCUGUCCGGUAGGAAUCAAGGGAUAGCGGUGAAGUAUUGUCUGUAAAACGGAGCUCUUCUGAUUGUACUGCUAAGAAAAA